AUGGCCGAGCUGGACCAGAACGACUUCUCUAAUUCAAGGUUGACUGAAGGCACACUGCUUUCGAAGGACGAGAUGACUGCUGCUAUUAUUUCCGAUCGAGGGACCCCACCAGAGGGCUUACUUACCACCGACGCCGAGCCGGCUGGCCCACGGAGCAGCCACCGGGACUCCGAAGACACCCACAGACCCACCCCAACCUACAACUACACAAGAUAG